UUUAAAUGACUCUUCAUUUCCUUUUUGCUAAAGCUGCUCUGUUUUCAAGUACAGCUUGCUGUCAACUAAGCAAAGUUAGAAUAAAAUUGGUUACACACUGACAACAUGGUUGACCAAAAGCCUUUAGAGGAACAUGUCGAUUUUAUCGAACCAAAUUCUAUCAAAGAUAAAUCAAAAAGAAAAUCUACCACGAAAGUUUACCUUGUGUACAUUUUAGCUGGAGGACUGCUACUACUCAUUCUUGGUGUUGUUGUUGGUCUGUUCUUUGGGCUACAAGAUAAUGAAGACACAAAUGUUACAGGUCUACAAGCCAGUGAAGAUACGGCCCCAAAGUAUCUGACCCCAUGUUUAUCUGGAAAUAGUUUCACGAAUUUCUCUGUUUCCUCGGAUACGUCUGAAUGCUCAAGGAUUGGCUGUGAAAUUUUGGUGAAAAAAGGUUCAGCUGUUGAUGCUGCUAUUGCUACGAUGUUGUGUAUAUCUGUUGUAACAAUGCAGUCAAGUGGUUUAGGUGGAGGUCAUUUUAUGUUGGUGUACAGCAAAAAGAAUAAAAAUGCUACCUUUAUAAACGCUCGAGAGAAGGCUCCAGGCGCAGCAACCAAGACAAUGUAUGUAGAAAAUCCACAACUGUCUAAGACUGGUCUGUUGUCUGCGGGUGUGCCGGGGGAACUUAAAGGUUUUAUUAAAGCGCAUAGUAUGUUUGGCAAAUUGGAGUGGGAGGAACUUGUGGAUCCUGCAAUUAAUUUGGCCAGUGAAGGCUUUCGUGUGACUCGAGAUUUGGCCGCGGCGAUAAAAAGAAAUCUGAAGCGCAUCAAAGAUCCAGACUUCCUAAAACUAUUAACAAAGGAAAAUGGAAGAGUGAAGAAAGAAGGCGAUACGAUCAUAAAUGAACCUUUAGCAAAAACACUUCGUAUAUUAAAAGAAAAUCCCGAGUCUUUUUACUCUGGAGAAUUAGCAGAACAAAUUGUUAAUGAUUUCCUGACAAAUAGAGGAAUUAUAACCUUGAAUGACUUAAAGAAUUAUGAGGUUGGAGUCUCAACAAAAGACGUAAUGAGAUUAGAUCUACCUGGGAAUUUGACCAUGUUAUCUUGUCCACUUCCUUCUGGAGGACCUGUGGUUAUGCAAAUUAUGAAUAUUUUACAGAACUUCAAAUUCACACCAGAGGAUAUAAAGGAUAAGAAAAGUAAAAUUUUGACUUAUCAUCGGAUCAUAGAAGCUAUGAAAUUUGCUUAUGCCAGACGACUUUCGUUCGGUGAUCCCGAUUUUAUAAAUCGAACUGAGCUGGAUAAAAUUUUUAAAGAUAUUUAUAAUGUUCAAUACAACAAAGAAUUGUACAACAAGAUUUGGGACAAUAAAACACACAAUGUGUCAUACUAUGGAAAUAACAUGUACGUUGAAGAUAAAGGCAGUACAAGUCAUCUAUCAGUGAUAGCUCCUAACGGCGACUCUGUUUCAAUCACUGGAUCAAUCAAUUAUCAUUUUGGUAGUAAAUUUCGAUCAAAGAAUACAGGUAUAAUAUACAAUAAUGAAAUGGACGACUUUUCCACUCCUGGAAAGAAAAAAGGAGUCCUCAAGCCAUCAGAAAAUAAUUUUAUCCAACCUGGAAAAAGACCGCUAUCAUCUAUGAGUCCAACUAUUUUCUUUGACAAGAAUACUGGUAACGUUAGGUUAUCGAUUGGAGCUGCUGGUGGAUCUAAAAUCAUAUCGUCAAUAGCUUGGGUCUCCAUUCAUCAUCUUUACCUGGGAGUUCCACUGCCAGAGGCUAUCAAUGGUUUUCGUCUUCAUCAUCAGCUGACGCCUAAUAAAAUUAUAAUCUACGAUAAAGAACCAAACCCAAUGACCGAAGAUGUACAGAGAGGCCUCAAACAACGAGGUCAUCAAAUAGGUACGACUACAGGAAAGUCAGUUGUACAAGCUGUUGCUUACGAAAGUAAAACAAAGCUGUUGUCUGCUGUUUCCGAUAUACGUAAAGGCGGAGAGUCAUGGGGGGUUUAGAUAUAGUGUAAUUUUUUCUAUCUUCAUUUGUAAUUUUUUUUUAAAACGAAACAUUCCCUCUUCAAGGGUGGGGAAUUUUGUCGUUCGAUCCUGGGGGGCUUAAAUAUAGUGUAAUUUUUUUUUAAAACGAAACAUUCCCUCUUCAAGGGUGGGGAAUUUUGCCGUUCGAUCGUGGGGGUUUAAAUAUAGUGUAAUUUUUUCUAUCGUCAUUUGUAAUUUUUUUUUAAAACGAAACAUUACCUCUUCAAGGGUGGGGAAUUUUGUCGUUCGAUUCUUUCCAUUUUUGAUGAUUGCGAAAAUUCUAAAACCUUAUUCCUAAAAAACUAGCAUUUAAAUGACAUUUUAAACUAGCAUUUUAAAAUGCUUAGUUGUGUGAUUACAAAUGUUUGAUCGACUUUCAUUGCCCGUUUUGUAUAUACUUGUGAUGUUGAGCUUAUAGGCCGUUCAUAUAAGCUCAACACGGAGGGCUAGCCCUACCAAGCGACAUCUCGCGUGUUAUUAAAAUUCCAAAUGAAAUUGUUUUUCGUUUACAUGAAAGGAGGACCAGCUCUGCCAGCCGCGAGAUCUUUCUUAGUAGAGACGGAAAUUUUCCAUAUAAACGUAACAGGCUGGGCUAACCCUCCUUGUAGAGCUGAAAAAUUAACGAAUUUUCAUGUAAAUAGCCCCUUUAUACGAUUACCGUCCUGUUACCCUUGCUUGUAACUAUUAUGUACAUAAAAGUAGCUUGCUAAAACUUACGUUAAGUGUUAUUAAAAUUUUUGUAUCCUUGGAAA